GCGGCGCUGCCGGGGAUGCACCCGAACGCCACGGCGCCGGCCGUGCCCGCGGGGCCGCUGCAGCCGCAGCCCAGCUAUGCCAACGCCAGCAACCGCUCCGACCUGCUCCCCAAAGUGCCCGACGAGGAGGACCUGGACGUCAACACCGACAUCUACUCCAAAGUGAUGGUGACCGUCAUCUACCUGGCUCUGUUCUUGGUGGGCACCGUGGGCAACUCCAUCACGGCGUACACGCUGGUGAGGAAGAAGUCGCUGCAGAACCUGCAGAGCACCGUGCAUUACCACCUGGCCAGCCUCGCCUUCUCCGACCUCCUCAUCUUCCUCCUCUGCAUGCCCAUCGAGCUCUACAACUUCAUCUGGGUCCAUCACCCCUGGGCUUUCGGGGGCGCCGUUUGCAAGGGCUACUACUUCCUCCGGGACGCCUGCACCUAUGCCACGGCGCUCAACAUCGCCAGCCUCAGCGUGGAGCGCUACAUGGCCAUCUGCCACCCCUUCAAAGCCAAGAGCAUCAUGUCCCGCAGCCGCACCAAGAAGUUCAUCAGCUGCAUCUGGAUCGCCUCCUUCCUGCUCGCCAUCCCCAUGAUCUUCACCAUGGGGCAGAUCUACGGCAAGGACCGCGAUCCCGACUCCCUCAUCUGCACGGCCAUCGUGGACACCUCCACGCUCAAGACGGUCAUCCAGGUGAACACCUUCAUCUCCUUCGUGUUCCCCAUGGUCGUCAUCUCGGUGCUCAACACCAUCAUCGCCAACCAGCUGCUGGUGAUGUUCAGGCAGGCGGCCCAGGAGAACCAGGUGUGCACCAUUGGCGGGCAGCAGACCAUGCUCAGCAUGUCCAUGGAGCCCAGCAGAGUGCAAGCCCUGAAGCACGGCGUGAGGGUCCUGCGUGCUGUGGUGAUUGCCUUCGUGGUCUGCUGGCUCCCUUACCACAUACGGCGCCUCAUGUUCUGCUAUGUCCCCUCCAGCCACUGGACAGAUUUCCUUUACAACUUCUACCACUACUUCUACAUGCUGACAAAUGUCCUCUUCUACGUCAGCUCAGCAAUCAACCCCAUCCUCUACAACCUGGUAUCGGCAAACUUCCGCCAGAUCUUCCUCUCCACGCUCACCAUCCUGUGCCUGCCAUGGAGGAAGAAGAAGAAACGACUGGCCUUCACCAGGAAAUCCAACAGCAUCUCCAGCAACCACACAUUUUCCAGCCAGGUCACAAGGGAAACCACAUACUGAAGCCAAAGGAGGAGGAGGAGGAGGAACGCAAUUCAUCGUGGAGUCAAAACUUGAGAGAGGCCUCUGUGACUUUCAUGCAUGGUCUCCAAAUUCACCUGACACAAAUGUGUUUAGCAAAGUCAUUUUUGUUGGAAAAAAUAGGCUUUGUUCUGCCAGUAACUUUGAGGUUAUUUUCAAGCAUUGGCCUUGCCUCUUGUGAGUAAUGUCUACAUGUAUUGUAACUUCAGUCUGGCAUAAAUCCAGGUGUGGUGUUAACUGGGAAGCCAAAAUGUGUUCAACUUAGGCAAAACUGUUCUGCAUUUCAUCCUUUUCUCAGUGCAGAGAUGCCGUGUCCACAUCCAAGGGUUUGAGAUCACAUCUCCUGGUGGCACCAAGCAGACAGUUGGAUGAGGAGAAAGAAGUUUGAACAGAAAGGGAUGUUCUUGGAGAAUGGAUGUGCUCAUCUGUGGGAUGUUCAAUGAACGAGGAGUGAAAACUCAGGGAGCCAGGUGGUUAUUUUAGAAAUAUAACUCCAUUGUGAGGGAUAUGACUGAGGUGCUCAAGAGAGCCUCUCUGGCUCCUUGGAAUUAAAUAAGAACAGAUGAUGCCUUACCUAGGCUGGGGUGGCUGUGGCCUGGGGAGUGGGGUCACCUUUGGCUUUAGGGCAUCCACAGUGCCUGACUUUGGCACCACUGCAGCAGAGUCUCUGGCAAAGUCAAGAAUGCAGAGGCUGUGCCCAGAUGGAGCGCAGAAAAUGAACAGAAAUGGAAAAAUCUUCCUUUUGCCAUACAGCCAAAUCCUAUUUUUUACCAGGGAGAACAGUUUGCUGGCUUGCAUUAAGAGUUGAGAAAACUCUGAGCUCAUGAGGGCUCCAGGCUGCUGAGAUAAGAGCAAUCUGCCCCAGUUCUGUGGGACCUUCAGACUUUUCCCAUUCUUAUUCCAGUUUUACUUGUUUCCUUGCCAUUUCCACAAGGCUGGCAUCUCAUAUAUAGCAGUUGUAGGCAGCAGGUCCUCUCGUUCUACCUUUUCUUCUAUUACUUUUUGCUACCAGAACUGUUGGCACAUCUAUCUGCACCCCUAAUAUUCAGAUAGUUCAAACGCAGAGCAUAAGAAACUCUAAACUGGGGAGUCUAUGCUCUAAACCCACUUUCUUUUAAUAAGCCAGAGGAACAGAAACAGGACCUGAAAAUUCUCUUUGAAAUUGAAGAGAGGAGGUAAGGAGAGCUUGAGCUUUUCUCCCAUAGGGUUCCACCUCUAACAGCCCCUUAUAUGAUACAACAAAUUGCUCCAGAGUCUUUAGUACUGAAAUAACAGGGCUCUGGGACAAGCUGAAGGGCUUUAGUGACCUGCACAAACCUGGAGCUGACCAACCACCCUGUGCUGGUGGUGACCUGGUGUCCCCUUUCACACCACAUAUCAUCAGGAGAGCAGGACUUGCCUCUGAAGGGUGACAAAGCACAAGAGUCAGCUCAGUUUGGCUUUCUGGGCUUUGCCCACGUCACCCUUCAGCUAAGGAGCACCUGUGGUCCCCAGCAGGAGCCACAGUGCUGGAGGUGAAGGUCACACAGUGAUGGAGACCAGGGCCACUGGUGACAUCUCCUGCUGCAGAUGUUGCAUCACAGAAUCACAGAACAGGUCAAGUUGGAAGGGACUCACAAGAAUCACUGAGUCCAACUCGCUGGAUUUGUGGUUUAGGUCCUGUUGGGCUCAGCACAAAGAGGAAACACCCAUUUGGGGACAUUAGGAGUGAGUUCUUGGUGAUGAGUGACAACUUUUGGGGCAUUUAGAACCUGUGUGGUAUUUUAUUUUGUCAUUUAGGACCUGUACCCAGCUGGCCACCAUGGCAGCCCAUCAGCCACACCUGCCAGGG